AGUUUGACUUAGUGAGUUACCGACUACACAGUGGUGAGCAGCUUGAACCGUGCGCACCAACGCGAGUCGACUUAAUUCCUCGUCGUUUUUUUUUAAAACGCGCCAACAUUGCACACACUUAUACAUGCGAAAAGACGCGUGCGUGUGUGCACGUAAACGCGUGCGUGUUCGGUGCAAACGAUUAUCGGUUUUUUUUGCUUUUCGCGCCCACGCACAGCUCGGCGUUGAAAAAUUUGCCUACUUGUGAUUCCUCGUGCAAGUCGACAAGGAAAGUGUCUCGUUGUUGCAUUUUGGAUCGAGCAAGAGAAGAGCGACCCUUCGAACUUUGCAAAUCGUUCGGUUGCCGAUCGGGGAACAUCAUAGUGUGCAGCAGCAGUAGACACGCAGAAGAGCCAACCGAGCUGCAGCAGCAGCAGCAGUCCCUCGUCCGAAGAGUUUUGCGCGUGUGCGUGCGUAUUAUACGCGUCUCUGUGUGGUAGACGGCCGUGCAAAAGCAGAAAGCAAAAUCAGUGCUGUGACAGGCGCAGAUAGACGUCGGACCACGAGCACACGAGUGUGUAGUGUAGUAAGCAGCGGCAGCAGCAGCAGCAGCAGCGGCAAAGCUCGUCGGCUGCGCCUGUGCAGUGCGCCUGUGCAGUAAUAAUAGCCAAGCGCAUAGGCCAAGCGCAUAGCACAUAACAGACUCGGAAGAGACUCGAGGCUCGGCGCAUACACUGUUGCUAUUUCGCGAUUGCCGCGUGCGUGCGCCAGGCCUGUGUGUGCAUAUGCAUAUAGGCACUACUACUACUACUACUAGGCAGUCAGUCGCAGCAGUGCAUGUGCACAUAUAUAGCCUCGUACGAGCCGCGUAAACACGCUCUCGGCUCUCGGCUCUCGACGCGGCCACUUACACACGAGAGCGAGAGGAAUACUUGUAACACUUUGCGGCGAUUAAACGUGCCUGCAUAGAGAGCACACAUCUGACCGGAGCCUAUAAUAUAAUAUUAUAUAUACGUAUGCACACGCCAGUGCAUUGACGAACUCGCUCGGCUCUCCGACAAAUAGAGGAUACUUGCUCGUGUCUGCGUGAGUGAGUUUCUCCGUGUAUGUGCAUGUGUAUGUGCGGCUCGUUGGUGUAUCUCUCGCAGCCUCGAUACAUCUCUACCUCUCGCCGCAACGACGACUAAAAAAAAAAAAAAAGAGUCGACGAUUUUUUUUGUUUACUCGUUUACGUAUAUACAACGUGCGUGCGUGCGUUGCAUGUGCUCGCUUGCCCGCGCUCUCGCUGUCCGUAUACACGCGAUGCGAGCAUGAGUGCGAUUUUCCGCAUCGAAAAGUUUUAAUUGCCGAGGGCGAGCUUCGAGAUGACAGUCGUUAAACAACGAGGUAGAUAAGGUCGAGGAGGCAAAAGCAGCCAAGAUUACGGACCGACAACUCGACUAAGAGAGUCAAGACGUACACACGCGCACCGAGUUGACGACCACGACGACGAGAAGAGAAGAGAAAAUUUAUACAUCGCUUACACAUAGGUGGACAGCAAAAGCCGCCGAUGCAAAGUGUGGUAUGAUGCGAAAAAUAUGAAAGAGCACACGAAAGAAGAAGAGAAGAGGAGGGAGCAGCGACGAGACACGGUCAACAAGCAGCAGUUUUUGCACGCACGUGUGUGACGGUGUGAGAAAUCGGUAUACACGUGGGCCGUUGCGACGCAGCUCGUGCGUUAGACCUCAUCCAACUCGCUCUAUUAUAUCUCUAUCGACGUACUUGUUCGAGUACUUUUACUCGCUAUCGUCGCUAAUUGACUUUGAAAGUGCGAUUACGUGCAUCGACACGAGUGACACAUAGACUUUUGCAUGUAAUAUACAAUAUACAGGACGUUUUUUGAAAGAUACCAGUCCCCAGAGACAAUCGGCCAGGGACCGCAGCUACUGCUCUACGUCAACUCGACGAAUUCCAGCCGCACUAGAAGGAGGAAAAAACUAGGAGAAGAGUACCCGAAUGCGCCGAGCGCUAAUAAAAAAGCCACGAGAAGCUAGACAAUUGGCAAAAACUCGCUCGGGCGCGAAUAAGAGUGAACAUGUGUUUAGUGCGCGUAACGAACAACGCUAUCGUAGAUAAGGAAGAAACGAGCCAAAGGUCGCCAGUACACUUUGCAGUGACAAAGAAGCAGCGAAAUAGCCGCCGAAGCCACUCCACACUCGUCGACGUCGUACUCAAUCGAUAAUUGGCGAGCUUCACGCGAACGUGGAACGCGCUCGUGCCGCGACGGUGAUCUCCCGAGUCUCGCGAGCGGAGAGAGAGAGAGAGAUAUGGACCAACCUGACGACAUGGGGUCGAGCAGCGAGGCACCAGCGAAAAAGGUCAAGCAGAGCCAGCGAAUACCAAAGUGCACGCGAUGCCAGAAUCACGGCCAAAAGAACGAAGUCAAGUUUCACAAGAGAAAUUGCCCGUGGAGAGAAUGCAAGUGUGUCUUGUGCAUUCUCACAAUGAAGCGCCAGUACAUCAUGAAAGUCCAGACGGCCCAGCGCAGGGCCAGACAGCAGGAGGAAAUGGAAAGUAUAUAUCCGCGAGAGCUGUCAAAUGUGAAAUGUGUGUUGCAGCUGAUGGAGAUGCGCAAGAAGCGGGAGAAAGAGAAGGGCUACGAGGAGACACCCUCGGCGAUGAGCGUGAACGGCAGCAACGAUAGCAAUAGUAGCGAUAUGCCGACCCUUAGCAAUCACAUUAGCAAUAAUAAGCCGAGCCGAGGCAGCGGCGGUGGCGGCGGCGGCAUCGGCAGCGCCAGCGGUGGCGUCGGCGAGCCACUCGUCAAUGUGCCAAUGUCGACGAGCUUGCCGCCACUGCUGCCUCACAGCGCCCUGCCCGGCUCUCCGCUUUUCGAGCUCGAAACAAAUGCGGAACAAGUAGAAGUUUUAUUAAGUUAUAGUGCAAGAUUAGUGCAACAUUUUGGCUACCCGUGGGAGUCGUUAUCGUUAAUGUACGCAUUUUUAACAGCUUUCAAAGCUGACAUUGAAGUUGUGACAUGGCGAAUAAAUAAAGCGUAUAAUGAUAUUCAUAAGAUGGCGCAAUUCAAAGCGUCAAGGUUUGGAAGUCCGUAUUAUUAUCCAGGAUACACGGGAUCCUCGAGUACUCUAAGUAGUCCUAUGUACGUCGGUCAAGUUUCCUAUGUUGGUUUGACGUCGCCGCCAACGCCAGCAGGUCUAAGUCUUUUACCUUAUCCAAGCUCUCACAUGAUGUCUGCAAAGGUACCAUCGAGUCCUGACAGCCCACCCGAACGGCCAUCGUCCGACCCUGGUACAUCAUAUGAAAAAACGACAUCUUUACCACCGCCACUGACCACCGAAUCCUCGCCGAUAACGAACAAUACACUGACCAGCAGUCCCCAGCAUCAUGCCAUCAAAAAUCUCUACAGGACUCUGGUUAACCCUUUAAGUCAAAGGGACGUGUCAGAAUAUCUAAGGCCAGCAGAUCUACCGUUAGCCAUACCACCUAUCUCGUCGGGUCAGUUUCAACCAAAAGUUAACCCUUGUGCCAACAACAACUAUCAUAUGACAGCACAGUAAGCGUUCUGACGUAAUAAAACGAAAACAACGACGGCGAACGCGUGUGCAAUGGGACGAUGCACUUGUUUAACAAAAUAAAAAAAGUAGUUACAAACGAGAAAAAAAAUUCGUUCCAGUUUUUUUAAAUAUAUACAUCUAUAAAGGUUAUUCAGUUCUAUAUUAUUAAAAAAAUAUACAAAUAUCUAUGUAUACAAACAUUUUGCUCACAAGUUGCACUCGUAUAGAAGACAGCUUGUUCUCUGUAGAUCUUGUGUAUGAAUUUUCGCGCUAUUCAUUACUAUUAAGUACGUUUUAUAUUGAAAAUGAUUGUUAAUAUAGAUUAUGAAAUAUAACAACUUGUUGUUGUCAUGCUUAUUUAUUAAAUAUAUACAUACUGAUACAUAAGGCAACGAAAAAAUCAAGCUUGAGAAAAAACAAAAAUGUUGUAGAUCGUGCACGAUACUCUAAGCAAUUACAAUAAUAUAAUAAUGUAGAAAAAUAAAUUGUAAAAAUAAAAUGGGAUAUUUGUAAAGCUGAUGAGUGUGUGAUACACGUCAAAGGGUAUAGACUUAUAAAAAAUCUCCUUUUAUUUCAACGGCAAGCAUCAAAUUAUUUGCUGUAAGGAAUAAAAGAAAAACUGGUUAAAUCUAUAGAUCUCAAUUAAAUCGAAAAUUUCUCAUGUGUAGUUUUCAAAUUUGUAGCAAUAAAUUAUUUUCGCAAACUUAAA